AUGGCCCUUCACGCCACUCCUCCCGGCUACAACACCCCCGGCGACUUGGUUGGUACUCUUGGGCCCGGAACUGGUGGCGCUGCCGGUCACGUCACCCUUUUCUAUUCUUGGGCCGACGCGUCCAAGACCUCGUACAACACUCUUGAGUGCAGGGGCGGCGCUGGCUGUGUUGCCUACAAGCGCCCUGUUGGCUGGACUGAUGGGCCUUACACGGCUAAGCCUUACAGAUAUAUUCACGUUGAGUAG